AUGAAUUCGCAGGCACGUGAGCUUCCCUCGUCCGACCUUCCAACGCGCAAGAGAAAGCGCACCGCAUGCCAGCCAUGCAGGGAUCGGCGCGUGAAAUACGAUAAUGGCCGCCCGAACUGCCAGACGUGCUGCACAUUGAAACAAGCUUGCAUAUACCCCGACGAGAGCACCUCUGCAAGCACAAGCUACGACCCCGGCUCGGUUGAGAUUUUACAUCAAUUGCAAGGCAUCCGAGCUGUUUUGGAACAAGUUGCCCGAGCGCAAUACCAUUCUGGCAAAGCAUCUUUAUCCAAGCCGCAUUCAAUUCCUAAGUCGGUCGCCGAGUCCAAUCACAGUUUUUCAACUCCAGCUAGCUACAGCUCAAAGGGUCAGGGCCGCGGAAGUGGGCAUGACCUGAGUGCGACAAAUGGCCCGUCGGCAUUGAAUCUGCCCCGUGUCAACGCCGAGAUAUUCCUUCAUUGGCCCAAGGUCAUAGAAUUUCUCGGAGAACCAAUUGUGGAGAGAUCAUUCCUGCUCGAGUGUACCUUGGAUAUGACUCCUGCCUCGGCACCUGAGUCCCAGUCAUCCCAGUAUGGAAUUCGCGAAGACGACUAUCUUCCACUUUGCCGGCGCUUUCUAUACCAGGUGCAUGUACGCAGCCCUAUUCUUGAGCCGAGUGACCUUGAACAGUACGCUAAGGAGGUGACCGAAAACGGGUUGAGAUGGGACAAGUCGUGUCUUGUGAAAAAGGACCAAGAAAGGAGGAAGGCUCUUAUGCUCAAGCAGAGGUAUACUAUCAAACGGCGCGGAAGCGUAUCGGCUAUCUUGGCCCUGGGUUACUGGAUAUCCAAUGCUUUUAUCUAG